CCGACCUCCCUUGCGCUCUCUGCACGCACGCACCGAGGCAAGUUAAUGGGGAAUAAAGAGGCUGGAGUCCGCGGCAAGUGGCUGCUCCUUACAAAUGAGCCUCCAGGCAGCGCUGCCCUCCCUCCGCCGGAGAGCGAGGGAAGGCGGGAGGGAGGGAAGCCGGAGAGGAAGGAAGGAAGGAAGGAGGGACGGCCCAACGUGGCGGGAGGGAGGAGAUCGGGGAGGCGAAGCGGAGCGGCGGCCCGUGCGCGCCUCUUGUUGCCGGUGUAAUUUGCAGCCAAUCAUCCGGAGGUGUCCGCAGCCCCGCAGCCUCCCGGCGCGCCCUCGCCCCCCGCCCGCCCCUUCGCUUCCCUCCCCUCCCCUCCCCCACAGCCACACACGCACCAACCGCGCGCGGGCGGGGGGAGAGGGGAGAGACUCCCCCGGCGGCCUCCCUCCCUGCCUGCCUCGCACGCAGCGACUGGAGAGGCGGCCGGAGCGCGGCGCGCAGGGAGAGGAGACCACCGCGCACACCGCCAGCCAGCCAGCCGGCGCUCCCCCAGCAGCCAGGCGCGCACGCACGCACACUCACACACACACACACACGCUCGGUGCCUGCUCUUUCCUCCCCCCUCCCCUCCUCCUCCUCCUUUCUCUGCAACCAGAAAAAAAAAGCCACUUACAGGGAGUGAUGUGCAACUAAUUAAAGACAGACAGGCGGGUUAAGCGUCUGCAAAUCCAAGCCCCCCCAAUACAGAGACUGUUGCGGCGGCGCCCGGGGAGAAGGAUGCGAGCGGCGCGGCUGCCUGAGACCCCUUCGGCGCCUGCAGCGAUGUCCCCCCAGGAGGAUUAGAGGGCAGCGCGUCGGCCCCUCCCCGGCCCUCGCCCGCCCCCCUGCUCCCGCUCCCGCCCCGGCCCGCCCGACGGCUCCGGUGGCCCUCCUCCCCGCCCUGCCCUUCCCUCCCCUGGCCCUCCCCGGCCCCCCCUUCCCCCCCGCCCUGUUGCCCCAGGCCCCCCCUGCCCCCCACCCGCUGGGCACCAUGAACACCAACGUGUGUGUGGAGACGGGGCCGGCCGGCGAGGCGCCGGGGCUGCCCAAGGAGAACCACCUGCCCGACGGCGCGCUCAACAGCCUUGUGGAUUACAACUCGGAGAUGGAGAGGUACCGCUCCUUCGCCACCUUCUACAAGAGCAACGGCGGCGCCUUCCCGCAGGCCGCCAAGAUCGCCCGCAUCACCACCCCCAUCUUCCCCAGCGCCGCCGCCGCCGCCGCCGCCCGCAUCGGCAUGUCCCCCUGGAACUGCGACACCGCCACGGCCGCCGCCGCCACCGCGAUGCUCUGGGGCAGCGGCGCGGGGGGCGGCGGCGCCGGCGUGCCCAACCCGGCGGCGGCCGCGGCCGGCGGCGUGGUGGCCCGGAAAGCCUCGGCGGCCGCCGCCUCGUCGGUGGCGGCCUCGUCGUCCGCCUCCUCGCCCGCCUCGUCCCUGCACGCCGCCAGCAGGAGCGGCGGCGGCUUGCACCACCGGAACGACGCGCAGCGGCUGGCCAAGCCGGGCUGCGCGCCCGCCGAGCAGCCGGCCCUGCAGAUGGCCAACAACAACUUCCUCUCGCCCCUGGCCCCCGAGCACUGCAGGCCGCUGGCCGGGGAGUGCAUGAACAAGCUCAAGUGCGGCGCCGCCGAGGCGGAGAUCAUGAACCUGCCCGAGCGCGUGGGGACCUUCUCGGCCAUCCCGGCGCUGGGGGGCAUCUCGCUGCCGCCCGGCGUCAUCGUCAUGACGGCCCUGCACUCCCCUGCCGCGGCCUCGGCCGCCGUCACAGACAGCGCCUUCCAGAUCGCCAACCUGGCGGACUGCCCGCAGAGCCAUGCCUCCUCCUCGUCGGCCGCCUCCUCCCUGGGAGCCGCCGGAGGAGGAGGCGCGGGCGGCGGCGGCGGGGGAGGCGGAGGCGGCGCUGGAGGAGGCGGAGGCGGCGGUGGAGGCGGAGGGGCGGGCAACCCGGCCAAGAAGAAGCGGAAACGCUGCGGGGUCUGCGUGCCUUGCAAGAGGCUCAUCAACUGUGGCGUCUGCAGCAGUUGCAGGAACCGCAAAACGGGACACCAGAUCUGCAAGUUUAGGAAAUGCGAGGAGCUAAAGAAAAAACCUGGCACGUCGCUCGAGAGAACACCUGUUCCCAGCGCCGAAGCAUUCCGAUGGUUCUUUUAAGCAGUAGUAUAUCUUAUUUUCAAGGCAGCCUGAAGUGAAUGGCAAGCUAAAGUCUUGUUUUAAGAAACUGCUUAGUCCACCACUGAAGAAUAUAUUCAGACACUAUUUUCAUUUAUGUAUAGGGGUUUCCUCAAAAACAAAUUAUCAAGUAGAGUGGUCUCCAGGUAAGAGGGGGAAUCAAAGCAGCUCUGUAGAACACCUCUGUGAUGAAACUGAAUUUCCCCUGCUGAAAGGCCUGAAUAAAAAAUAAUGCUGUUUUAGUGCCUAUCGUGUCACGUUCACAGUCUAACUUUCUCUGAAUGAUGUGCCCUCCCCACGCAUCCCUGUCCACGGCCUUGUGUCUUCAUGCUCUUCAGACCAGCCUCUUGCAGUCACUCAGUCUUCUACCCCUCAGCCCAACUGACCACAGUUGCAGUAUUUGCAGCUAGCUUCUAUUCUGACUUACCAUCAUUUCCUUUCCUUUCUAAAGUCCUCUGAAUAAGAGAACACUAUACAUAAGAGAACACUCACCUGAUUCAUGAGGGCCACUCUCUUAUCAGGAGACCACCAUAUCUGGGGCCCUAGGGAAUUGGCCAAUUUACUCACGUUCAGUACACCAAUUCUUACUUUGAUGUAAUUUAGCUAUACUAGUGAAGUUGUUGUCUAUUUUUAAAGUGGCUGUAAAAAAAAAAGUUUGGGUAAACCCCUGCUAUAAAAUAAUGUAUCUUUACAAAGUACCAUAUCUAUACUUCAUUUUUCCAAUAUAUGUGUUUCGGUACUGUAAACUGUACAGAUAGCAGCUUGUAUUUUGUGUGUUUAGACACAAGAAGACAAUCACGUCUGAGCGUCGACGGAGAUUAACUGUUUGUACACUACAGUGUGGUUUUGCAAAUUAAAUCCGGAGCAAUAAAUUCAAGCUUUAAGUAUUAUUUUUGGCCAGUUGAUCAGUAGCAGCAGAGGCAGCACUGUUUUUACCAUGCAUCCUUCCAUGGUAACUCAAUGCAAAGAAUUGCAAGACAGCAAAGAUUGAGAUGCAUCCACCAGAUACCUUCAGACCAUACUGCUGUAUGAAGGAAGACAGAAACCAUAAAAGUUAAUCUUUGUGAGCACUAACUAUCCUUAGAGUAGCGGUUACGCACUUGCAUUGCUUCAGAAAGAGCUUUACCGAAUGAGAUCCCUCUAAAGCAUGUAUCGUUCGUUGAUUGACUUUAAACUGUAUCAUGAAGUAGAGUUUACAGCAGAGAUGGACAUACAGAAUGAAUUUUACAGACAGUUAUAUGAAACUUGUUUUAAAUUACAAAAUGAAAAGAGUAUCGUAUCUUAGUGAGGAGGGGGGAAUCUAUAACUCGGUAUAUUACCUUCCCAUUGAAAGUUAUUUUAUAAAUCUUUCAAUAGGAUUUUUAAAAAAAACUAUAAAGUAUUAAACUGUUUUCACCCCACGUAUGGCAUUUAGUUCUUAGACUAGUUUGUAAAUUUAGAUGGAGUUGGAUCUUUUCUGCAGUGGGGCCUGAAUGUCUUUAAAGUGUACCAUUUUCCUUUGCUCAAAUUAAAGUUUAAAAAGAGUGAUCACCUUUUCCUGACCCAGUUUUCCUGUACUGGCCCCCUUUGGUAAUCACUUGAAAUCUUCAUUGCAGAAUUUCAGCUGCACUUUCAAAAUAUCCUUGUUUUGAAAGUGCAGAUGAAAUUCUGCAGUGAAGGAUAUUGUUGAUGAUGUGGCUGUGGUUAAAUCAUAAUAAAACAAUGGAAUGUAGGGCAGUGAAUUUUUAUCUCAUGCAUAUCACUUUAUCACCUUUUGCCACUUCACCAAAAGCAAAGUGCUGCUACAUGCUACAUAUAUAAAUGAUUAAAAUAUACCCAUGAGGGUAUUCUGUGCCGGAAGGUGGACAGAAAGGGGUAAAGCUACGGAGGGAAAUGUGUGUUCAACAGUGCUUCUUGCCUUAGUUGUGUUCUGUAUGGCUUGAAUGCAGAGUGUGAGAACUUUCAGAAAACCCUGAAAAAGUAUCAGGAAAAUAGUUAUGCUUCAAACUCCCCUCUUGAAAAUAUGCUCAUAGUUUGUGAAACAUCCGUGAUUGUUCAUAUGGGCUUUCCUGUACUUGUUAGUGAUAGAACUUCUAUAUUUCAUAGGGUUCAUAUGUCCUUUACACCCUGCUGUCUUCAAGGAUGCAUAUUUGAGACUGUUCGGCAUCACUGGAUUAUUCCUUGCUAUAUUUUAAGUUCCCUUCUUUUACUUAAAUUCAUCUCAUUAUGCUCAAAGGAGUGGAUUGUCCAUCUCUUUUGUAUAUACUUGAAGAUCCCAGUCCCAAAAGAAGCGGUAGGAAAUAUUCCUGGCCAUCUGAUUUUAAGCCACAGGGUAUAAUUUGAUGUAAGUGCAGGGCUUUUUUU